UAUCUCGGCGGAGGCACAGGCUGCAGCCUCGGCCGCCGCCUUAGGCAGGCAGCAUCCACCGCCGGCCCUCUCCCGGCAGCUCCGGAGGCCUUCCCGGCCGCUCGCAGGCAAACGGAGGAAGGGAAGAGCUGCAGCAGCUCCUGCCCCGGGGCUGGAUCGGCGGCCGCGGGCCAAGGACAUGAUGGAGCUUUUAGAGGAAGAUCUGACCUGUCCCAUUUGCUGUAGCCUGUUUGACGAUCCUCGUGUCCUGCCCUGUUCACACAAUUUCUGCAGAAAGUGUCUGGAAGGAAUUCUUGAGGGAAAUGUGCGGAAUGUGCUUUGGAGGCCAUCCCCUUUCAAGUGCCCCACAUGCAGAAAGGAGACUCCUGUCACUGGAGUCAACAGCUUGCAGGUCAACUAUUCCCUGAAAGGCAUCGUGGAGAAGUACAACAAAAUCAAAGUAACUCCAAAAAUGCCUGUGUGCAAAGUGCACAGCGGGCAACCCCUUAACAUUUUUUGCAGGACAGACAUGCAGCUGAUCUGUGGGGUUUGUGCCACCCGUGGUGACCACACAAAGCACGUUUUCUGUUCCAUUGAAGAAGCUUAUUCCCAGGAGAAGCGGGCUUUUGAAACCUUGUUCCAGGGCUUUGAAACUUGGCGUUGUGGAGAUGCCCUCUCACGGCUGGAUACCUUAGAGACCAGCAAGAGGAAAGCUCUGCAGAUGCUGACGAAAGAUUCUGACAAAGUGAAGGAGUUCUUUGAGAAGCUGCAGCAUACGCUGGAGCAGAAGAGAAAUGAAAUUCUGUCUGACUUUGAGACCAUGAAGCUUGCGGUGAUGCAGGCCUACGAUCCGGAAAUCAAUAAAUUGAACACCAUUCUGCAAGAGCAGCGGAUGGCUUUUAACAUUGCAGAGGCCUUCAAAGAUGUGUCCGAGCCCAUUAUAUUUCUGCAGCAGAUGCAGGAGUUCAGGGAAAAAAUCAAGGUGCUCAAAGAAACCCCUUUACCUUGUUCCACUGUGGACAUCAGUCCCACAAUGAAGAGCUUUGAUACCAGCCAGUGGAAUGGAAUAAAGCUUGUUGAUGUGGACAAACUUUCCUUGCCUCAGGAAAGCAACACUUUCAAAUUCAAGAUUCCCUCGGUCUUUUCACGCAGAUUUAUAGUGAACUCUCUUAUUUUCUUGCUCAUUCUUGCUGUCACCAGAAUGUCCUUUGUGGAGUCAGUCAUUGACAAUCUCCAGUGCUGGAAAUCUCAGUUCCUUACAAUUUGCUUGUCCUAUUUGGCAGAUACCGUUGAGAUAGCAGAUCAUGCAGUCUUUUACUGGGAACAGAUGACAGAUGGAGCUUCACUCUUAAGAGAAAAGUGUAAAAACUAUACGUUGGUUGUACUGGAUAACGUCGCACAGUUUGUGUGCAAAUAUAAACUGUUGUGAAGUGUCUGCUGGAAUAAAAGAACUAAGAGAGAUCUGGGGCAGAAAACAUGGAACUUCUUAAAUUAAUUGGUCUUUUCAGACUUCAGUGAAACAUUCUAAGAUUCAAAAUGAUUCCAAAACAUUCGUAAUGUUCCCAUAGUUUGAGUACUGCUAAACCAGAAAAUGAAAUGGAGCUUUGAAAAACAUUUUGUGGAUUCUUCUUUAAGUGGCAAUUAUGGGAAUAUUACUCACUGUAAAUCAUUUUCUUACCAAAAUAUAGGGCCAAACUGUAUUUUUAGUUUGAUGUUAAUGUAAUUGUAGAAUAAGGUAAAAGAUUGUAGUUUUAAAAAAAUUCUAACUGGGAGAUGGUUUGGAAAGAGGAAGAAGAGUUGUGACUGAGGUGAGCACUGUGCUGACAGGUUUGCUGAGGACUGCCCUUCCACUGCAAAAUGCAGUGUGCAUCAUUCAUAUUCUGGAACUAGCUUCAAUCUGACAAUAUUACUUCUUUCUGAAAUAGCUAUAUGUUUUGGUUUGGUUUUGUGGGGUAUCUUUUUGUAUAACCAAAUACUGUAAUUACCCUGUGCAUUCAGAUUACAUAUCCUAUACAAAAAUAUUUCUUCAGGGCAAGCAUAAAUUCUAGAGAUAAUAAUAAGAAAAAGCUACAGGAUGGUAUGUGCUUUGCAGAGAGUUCAUACUUUGCAGUUUACUUUUCCAGAAUCAAAUUGUUGGGGUAGCUGGGCUGUUUUGUUAGAUCCAUGUUUCUCUGGAGCCACGCUUUCUUAAAGACUGGCCUUAACAUAAAGAACUUAGUGCAGUGAAAGGCACGCAGGGGUCUGCCACAGGAAGGCAGCCUGGGCUCUAACCCUGCAGAGGUGGCAAGUGAAACAGCUGCUCUCCUGUCCCUCUCUGCCUCUCCAGAUUGCAAUUCCAAAAGCCAGGAAAAAUGACUGGAUGAUUCCUGGAACAGGUUGUGUGAUGCAGCAGGUGUAUGGAUGUUGGUGGUGUUUGAAGAACCUUGUAUAGGUUCUUGUGCUGUUGCUGCAUUUUUGUGUAUCUCGUUUGAGGAGCUAAUUGCAUUUUCUGUUUGUAUUGACUUGGCUGGCCUUAGAUACAGUGAUUUAAAGGGAACCUUAAGCUUGAGUUUUCUGAAGUGCCCUUCUUCCAGAGCAUACGGUACUGAAAUGUCUUGCCUGAAGCACAUUUAACCUCUUUUUGCAGUGGUUGUGUGAACAGCAGUGUAUGGAAUGAAAAUGUUGAACUGACGUUUCUAGAAAACAAAUAUAAUGUGUGCUAUCCUUCAGGAA